CGCCGAAACCCCACCCCGCACCACUCAUGGACGCCGCCGGCGCGCGUCCAUCGGCACCGUCGGCCGCUGCUGCCGCAGUCGCCGGGGCCUCCGUCGCGGACGAGCCCCGGGACGCGCGGGUGGUGCGGGAGCUCCUGCGCUCGAUGGGUCUCGGUGAGGGCGAGUACGAACCCCGCGUCGUGCACCAGUUCCUGGACCUGGCCUACCGAUACGUCGGAGACGUGCUAGGGGACGCCCAAGUCUACGCCGACCACGCCGGGAAGGCUCAGAUCGACGCCGACGACGUCCGCCUCGCCAUCCAGGCCAAGGUCAAUUUCUCCUUCUCCCAGCCGCCGCCGCGUGAGGUUCUCCUUGAGCUGGCCCGCAGCCGAAACAGAAUGCCGCUGCCCAAAUCAAUUGCUCCUCCUGGCUCAAUUCCCCUCCCGCCUGAGCAGGACACACUGUUGGCCCAGAACUACCAACUCCUGCCUCCGUUGAAGCCGCCACCUCAAUAUGAGGAAAACGAGGAUGAGAAUGAAGAAUCCAACCCAAGUCUGACACCGAACCCGGCAAAUUCUAAUCCAACCUUCUCGCAGGAUCAGCGGAGUAACGAGCAACAGCACACUCCCCAGCAUGGCCAGAGGGUUUCAUUUCAACUCAAUGCUGUGGCAGCUGCUGCUGCAAAGCGACCUCGGAUGACCGUCGACCAGCUGAACAUCGGCUAACCAGUUAUCGUUGGUUAGACUGUAGUAUCAUUUUCCCCCAUCUUUUAGUGUGGUGAAUCAUGUUUCGAAGAGAUUUAGUGUUGUAGUGGUAUGAUCUUAUUUACCACCCACCUAUUUAACCACGAGAUGUGCAGUACAGCAGCAGCAUCAUAAAGUUUCUGACUGCAAGAACGUUGCUGUAGGGAAGGAAAGUAACUGUGCUAGUAGUGUACUUGCUUACUUAAAGGUUAAUAUCUGCCAAAAUUGUAUCUGGGUCUACAUAUUCUUAGCUUCAUGUCAAGAGGGCAAAUAUUGCAUUGUC